CUUUCAUUUUUCAGCUGCAUCCUCCUGGCCAGCCAAGCAUAUGCCCACUCCAUGAUGACCGUGCCCCGCGGACGAGGCAACAUCGAAUGGUGGGGUACCUGUGCAUCCGGCGCCGGUUGUCACGGCCCCUGCGACUCUCCUCGCUCGCAAGCCCCGAUCCUCAACGACCCUACCUACUCGAUCCAAACCCUUCGCCGCGGUGAUACCUUAACCGUCCAAUGGCGCCGCUUCAACCACCCCGGUGGUUUCGUCCGCCUCGCCAUGGUCCCCUUUGAUGACUCCGAUUCCUGGUCCGCUUUUAAUUCUGCCCUCACCUCCAAAUUCUCCUGCUACGAAUCUAACUGCGGGCCUGACAAUCCUUCAGAUUCUUACUUCGGCCCCAUGAACGGCCUCGGCGAUGGCAUCUGCUCAACCACCUUCACCAUCCCACAAGACCUCCCAGACGGAAAGGUGACUCUCCAAUGGAUCUGGUACGGUGGCGGUGUGUACUAUGGACAACCAGAAGCCGGCUUUGGGGAAUAUUAUACCUGUACGGAUUAUGUCGUCGAGGGCGGGAUGGAUUUGAUAUCCCCCGGAUCAUUAGGCGAUAAACGCCUCUGGCAGGGUGGGGAUGCCUCGAACCCGGGAACGGAUGUCUGCAAGUACUGGAGCUCGAAUCGCGUUGGAGAUUGUUCUUUUGGAGAUCAGAGACCUCCGAACCCGACCGAAAAUGAUCUGCUAAGUCAGAGUCUCGAGCCCUGUUCAAGAGCCGGUGCGUUUGUUGGCAAGGCUGCAGAGUUUGAGGGGCGCCAGUGGAAGAAGAAGAGGUGGGGUAGAGGCAUCCGCUCCGAUGCGUAUGUGAGCGCAGCGGUUGUCAAUGGGACCCUUUGAAACACCCUUUCCAAUCCUCUUUUUAUAUCUACCCUCAUAUCUCUUAUUUAGCACAAAUAAACAGUUCAUAUUGAAUAUGUACAUAC